CCCCUUAGUGCGUUUUAAAGAGCUGCCUCGCGCGCGGCCGAGCUGUUGCGAGGGGCGAUGAAAUCGGGGCCGCGCGCGCAGGAAGGUUGAUGAUCGCUAUAGAGUCGUCACGUCACGGAUCCGCAGCGAGCGACAGAGAUGCUGAGGUGACAGGCAGAAGGAGAAAAGGGACGAUCUUUCUCAGACAUAUUCCCCCUCCGCUUCUUUAUCUCACACCCCCGACACCGCCUCUUCCUAUGGACGGCUCGCUCGCUAUGGCAUUCCUCUCGAAGUCGUCCCCGCCGCCUCAAAAUCUAGAGGAUUUUUCGUAACCACACCCGGCUCUUCUUUGGAUCAAGAAUUGGCAGCGAAGACCCAAGGGUUCUCUGUCAGGUUCCAAAUGCCCGUCCCAGUGUGAGGCGACUUGUUUAAGGGGAAGCAGCGAGGACAUCGUCCCUGGUCCACUGACGGGAUGAGCGGGGGAGCAGAGCAAGCUGACAUCCUAAGCGUGCUCUCCCUGGUCAAGGAACGAUGGAAAGUGGUGAAGAAGAUCGGGGGUGGCGGGUUUGGGGAGAUCUACGAGGCACUGGACCUCCUCACCCGGGUCAGCGUGGCACUGAAGGUGGAGUCUGCCCAGCAGCCCAAACAGGUGCUGAAAAUGGAGGUUGCCGUCCUGAAGAAGCUCCAGGGUAAAGACCAUGUGUGCCGCUUUGUGGGAUGUGGCCGCAACGAUCGCUUCAACUAUGUAGUGAUGGAGCUUCAGGGUCGAAAUCUGGCAGACUUGAGGAGAAGCAUGACACGGGGAACUUUCAGCAUCAGCACCACUUUACGCUUGGGGCGCCAGAUCCUGGAGGCCAUAGAGAGCAUCCACUCUGUUGGUUUCCUGCAUCGUGACAUCAAACCGUCCAAUUUUGCCAUGGGCCGCUUCCCCAGUACCUGUAGGACCUGCUACAUGCUGGACUUCGGUUUAGCUCGCCAGUUCACCAACUCUUGUCAGGAGGUCCGACCUCCCCGUCCAGUUGCAGGGUUCAGGGGAACUGUCCGCUAUGCAUCUGUCAACGCACACAAGAACAAGGAGAUGGGACGUCACGAUGACCUGUGGUCUCUUUUCUACAUGCUGGUGGAGUUUCUGGUCGGUCAGCUGCCAUGGAGGAAGAUUAAAGACAAAGAACAUGUGGGGAAGCUCAAAGAGACUUAUGACCAUCGCGUGAUGCUCAAACAUUUGCCAGCAGAGUUUGGUGUGUUCUUGGAACACAUUUCCACCCUGGACUACUUCACCAAGCCUGACUACCAGCUGCUGAUGUCAGUGUUUGACAACAGCAUGAAAACUUACAAUGUUGUGGAAAAUGACCCCUACGACUGGGAGCGGACCACCACAGAUGGCAGUCUAACAAUCAUUGCCAGCGCUACAACACCGCAGCAUCACACCCGCCUCACUCCUGCACACAUGGGUAUGGCGAAUGCUUCUCUGAUACCUGGCGACCUACUGAGGGAGAACACAGACGAGGUUCUGCAGGACGAGCAGCUCAGUGACGUGGAGAACAACCCUGCUCCUGAUCGCAUGCCGGUCUCACCCCUCCACCCGCACCGCAACCAGGAGGCUGACGUCUGGGAGGAGCUCGAUCGUAACCGUAACCGCAUUAGAAUGGCAGUCUUGAAGGCAGCAACAGAGGAAGAACAUAGCAACAACCAUGGCAACCCAGGACACCAGAGCCCUUACGCAGGACCUAGUCUGGGCUCUCCGGUCAAACUGCACUCUGAGGUGGUUACUUCAGAUCGUGAUGGCCCUCUGCUGAGGAAGCUCCGCAAUAUCCACAGCUUCGAGCUGGAGAGGAGGCUUGGUCUGGACUCUAAGCCCAGUCCAGAGCAUUUCCUGGAUGCCUGUUCAUCGAAGCAACAGCUUGGCAACCAGCACCAGGAGAUUGAAGCUGCUGUUAUCCCAGCCACUCAGGGUCAAGCUGUAACUGCAGGGGAGCGUCCUGAUAGGGUCUGGCACUAUGAUGAGGAGUUCAUGUCUGGAGGUGGUUCUCCUAAACCAGCUUCACCUGGAUCUUUGGAGCAGGGAGAGGGGGCAGCCAGUAGUGGGGGCUUUGUGGCCCUGAAUUUGAGCUCUGGGAGGCAGGAUGUUGAAUUAAAGGAGUGGGUAAUGGUGGAACGGCCCAGUGGUUCCCCAGGAGCCAAGGCUACAACCAGCCCUUCAGAAGAGGAUGAGGAACCGGAGGAACAGUUUCCUGAAUGGGAAAAGGGCAGCCCAAGCCCAGGCUCUGGCAAAGCUAAACAAGAAAGCAUGGCUUCCUCCAAGGGAAGUGUAAAAAUGGACAAGUUGGAGCUGAGCGUGGGCCCUGUAGGGGCUCUGCCCCCUAUUACUCCAACUAGCCCGGCCGAAGCUCUGGCUGAGGGAGUCCUCACUCAGUUCCCCACCUCUCCUCCGUCCCUGCCCGAGGAGGUCGUAGUCCGGACAUCCAGCCCCAUACCACUGCGCUCUCCCAGCCCUCACACCCUCCUGACCACCUUGUCGGACCCACUCCACCAGCGCCAGCUGCCAGGCAUGAGGCGCAGCCAGUCGGUCGACCAGCAGCAGCAAGAGCGCCCAUCCUCUUCCUCCUCCUGCCACGCCUCCCUCCCUCUACCAGCAAAUCCUGCCCCAGGCUCUCGCUCUCCCAGUCGCAGGAAACUGCCGGCCAUCCCUGCUGGUGCUGCCAACACCAAGUUUCCCUCAAUCAUACGCAUCACCCGUGCCCAGCUUCAGCAGCUGACAGCUCAGCGUCCCUCUGGGCUGUCCUCUCAGUCAGGAUCAGACAGUGCUCCACAGUGUCUCCUGCUGGAGAAGCGUGGUGAAGCUGAAGCUGAGGCUCAGCAGAUCCAGGAGCACACAGUGGACAUCAGCUCCCCCCAGGACCGUGUGCCCACCCAUCCAGGGACACCAACCGACCCCCUGGCUGAAACACUGAUCAAUGGAGAAAGCCACACCAAAGCUCAAAGCCCUGUGCCAAGUCGUGUGUCCUCACCUUGCUCCCCUCGUUUACCACGCUCGCCUCCCCCACGGUCACCAUCCUCGCCACGCUCCCCUUGCUCUCCUCGCUCCCCUCGCAGCCCUGUGUUUGCUAACGGUCGACUCUCCCCCCCUGUUAACAGCCAAAGGGAUCUAAGUAAUGGCGCUUUCCUCAAGCCAAAAGACCCUGACAAUAAUUCUGGCUCCACUGCCUGUACUAUGGAGAUUCAGAAAAAGGAGGAACAGGAUGGAGAAGGGAACCAGGCACCAGAACAGACCAAAGGUCCAGCCUCCUCCUCUCCCGCUGCUCUUCGUAAGGACCUCACCCGCAGGCAGAGUCGCAUCCCUGUGCUUGAACCCUCCAGCCUGCUGGAACUCCCACCACCAGGCUCUGCUAAGGAGAAACUCCUGCAGAAAAAAGCUAACCAUCAGGGCCAGGUCCCCUCUCCCACUGCCUCACCAUCCCUCUCUGACAGGCGUGGUCCCAUUGUAGCCUCCCUUGCUCGGGAUCCACUGUCCUCCACUUCUGACCGCUCUCAAGACGAGGACUCUCUCAUGGGUUCUCGCUCUGAUCGGCAGGGAGACGACGCUCCAUCUCUGUCUUCCUCCUCCAGCCCCUUGUCCCGCAAGAGCAGGAUCCCUCGUCCUGUUCAUCCAGCCUCCUCUGCAGAGCAGUUGGCUGCCCAGUUCCUGCCACGCCCACCUCCUGGAAAGCCCCCUUGUCGCCCAACAGUGGAGGGCAGGCUUAGACGUUACCGCAUCCGAGCUGGCAGCACCAGCGACUCAGACCUUCUUUCAUGCCUUGCUCAGCUGAUGCACGGCUCCCGUGGCUCCCCCCUUCAUCACCGCUCCUCCAGUCAGCACAGCGGCUCCAGGAUGGGCAUCUGCAGCCUGACAAGCUCUCCGCACCACCACCGCAGCUCUAGCGCCUCCCCGCGCAGCUCCUCCUCCCUGCAGCGCUCCGUCAGCUCCUCACCCUCCCGCCACGAGCACCGCGGCAGUAUCGGCGGAGGGGGCUGCUUGGGCCGCAGCCGCUCGCCUCCCAGCUUCUCUGGUUCGCCACCUCCCCGCCGCUUCUACCUCCACCAUCAGGAGACUUGCUGCAGCCGCCAAGCACGCACAGGCCCGUUCCACCUUUCCAGAGGAAAGGGCUGCAGCCGAGAAGGAAAGUGCUCCAGCAAACUGAGCAGAUAGUUACUCUCUAGGUUGGGUUGCCAUAGCAGAGGAGAGGAAGACUCAUUUAAGGAUAGGAUAUACAUCAGUCAGGAUUAAAGCCCAAGUCUUCCUGAUUAAUCAGAGUUAUAACUUGUUUCCUUUUUAUGCUGUUAGUCUGAGCGUUACGCAACUUCCCAGUGUUCUUUUCACAAUGUGUUUGCAUCAUUAGAAUCUCCAGAAUUACAGAAUGCAGGUUCCUCAAUUUCUUAUUAGUCAAUAACAUAUUUCAAUACCCCUUCAUGAAACAGCUGCAGAAAGCAUUGUUUGUUGUUCACUGACUUAAGGAAAUCAUGCAUCUUAAUGGUAAAGCCCCUUUACUGGUAGGAUGCCUUUAUAAAAACAUACAAGAGAAGGAGUGAGGCCGUGUCAGGGUCAUCAUUUUCUGUUGAAUCACAUUUUACACUAAAGAAAAACAGUGAACCAGUGAUUUUCAUCAUCAGCUAGUUGAGCCAUUGAUCACAUUCAACAUUAAUCCAUCCUGCACCCAUGUUUAUAUGAGCUUAUUUAUUUAUCUCCAGUAUUAAUGCACUUGAAUGAAACUGAUGAAUUUUCAGUGUAGCCAAUUCUAACUUCCUAUACUAUUGGCCUGAGCUUGACUCAGUUAUCUCCUCUGCUUAUGGAGGUUGCAGGCAGGGUAUGACAACUACUUUAUGCUAAAUUAAACUACACUUUAUGUACAGUUGUUUUUAAUUGAGAUAUUUAUUUCUAUGCUUAGCAAUGCUUCCGACUCCCGCUCCUUGCGUGUGACUGUGGUUGAGUAGUUUUGUGUCCCUUAUGUCAAUGUUUAAUCGAAAGGAUUACUCAAAGUGGCCCUUGUUACAAUCAGUCAUGUCAAGCGCGUGAGGACACACACCUUUUUGUGCCUACUGUGAUGCUUAGAGGGAAUCUGAAUGAAGCGAGUGCAGGUUUGGACAGGCAUGCUUUUUGUUUCCAGCUGCAACUGUUUGACUAGCAGUAGUAAGCCUAAACAACACGAUGUGCAUUACAGAUGAGUAAUGUAAAGACACAGAUCUUUGUCUCAGUGUGUGCCUUGGCACUUUGGGCAGCUCAAGAAUUCACUCUGAUGUGUUUGUAAUUAGACAAAAAUCAAAUAAAAUAGCCAAAACCAGACUUGUGCCAGCAGUUCUAAGACAACCCUUUUCAUUAAUAUUCAUUUAUGUAGAUAAGGUAGCAAAACAAGCAUUUUUGUAUAUCAAACACAAUUUGAGCAACAGUUUACUUGAGGACAGGGUAGCUAUUGUUCAAAGAAAGCAUUUCCUGUUUCAGCUGUCCUGCAUACACACCAGGUCAGUGUUUGAGAUAAAACUUUGAACAAAUGUGAAUUUCAGACCUCAAAAAGCAUUUUUUCGGAGGCCGUAUGUACAUAGAUUCUCGCACCAAAACAAUGUUUCAUGCCUCCGUGUGUUUUGUUUCUCCUGCGCCGAGAAUAUCCGAGUAUUGUUUUACUUUAAGAUUCCUCACUGAAGUUUUCCUCCACAGCCUCCUCCCACACCCCUGCUUGUAAGAUACUGCAAACUAACUCCAGCUUCCCUCCUUGCAUGUUCAACAGAAUAGACAGGAAGAAAAAAACAAUCUGAACCAACUACUGAGUAAAAAGCUGCAUACCACUUAGCAUCGCAUAGCAUUUUUAACCCAACGGGGACGUCAUUACUUGCUGGAUGAGCAAUUUUAAAUUCUGUCAAUAUUAAUUUUUAUCUUCCCAUGUGACGUUAGUUUUCAGCGCUUCCUGCACUGACUUGGGAUGAUUGUGUUGCUGGGAUAUGAUAAAUAGACUAUGCUUGUUUUGUGCAUCAUGUUAAAAGAAUAAAAAGAGAAAAACCUGCAGUGUUUUAAGGUUUUGCAUUGUGGGAAAACUACUGAACGACUGAUGGGAGUCUCUCUAAGACGUUGCUGCACUUAAGACAAAAGAACUAAUCACAUUGCCAAAUAUUUUGUUGGAUUUUGCAGAUGUGGUUCGAGCUGGCACGUGAUAAACGUGUAUGAGAUCAAGCUGGCACGUUGCUUUGUACAUAUGAAAUGUGCUGUUGUUGUUAAAACUCGCGCAGGCUCACAGAGCAGCUAUGAUGACUCAUCCUGAAGGCAGACAGUGUUCAGUCAGUCAGCCGCCUUAAUGUCUCUUCUCUGCCCCUCUGCACAUAGCGAGGGAUGACUGAGCUUUGUCUGUGUUGGAGAUCAUUCCACUAUUAGUCCAAGACAAGCCUUCCUGUCUCUUAUAUCUGAAAAUGGCACUCGCUGCCAUGCCUGUGAGCGGUCGACAUAUCGCCACUGAAAUAAGCACUGACAGACUGUGCAUACAAAUCUGUGAAUGUGUGGACCAUUUAUUGAUUGACUGGUUGAAAAUUGGUCAAUUUCAGGGUGUGUGAUUUAAGGUUUGUGGUGUCAGAAGUGUGUGGUAACGAACAGGGCUGAGCAAUUUCUACAUCGCCAGCAAAUCAAUUGACCUUUGAACUCUCCCUCUGGCGACUCAGCCUCACAGAUUUCAAACUAUCCUAAGCUGUCAAAGUUCAGAACACUAUUGUGCAGACUUUUAAUAUAUACCUGUAAGAUACUCAAAGUAAUAUUUAAAUAAAGACAGUAUUGUAAAACCAUAACUUAUAUGCUAACUGGCUUCAGUCAAAGGGAGAAACAGACACUAAAAAGUGCUGCUGGUUUUACAAGAUAAUCAGAUUUCUUCAUGUUUCUUUCUUAUUACACAUAAAUGGUGUGUAGUUGUAGUAUUAGUGUUACCCUGCAGGUUAGAUUUUCUUUGCCGCUUUUUAAAGUGGCUUGCAGAUAGAGAAGUGUCAUAUUUCUAGUAACUUUUUGGUAGUUGUGGUUGCAGAUCGCAACAAACCAACAGAACAAACCAAGCUGUUUAUUAUUAUCAUUAUUAUGAUUUUUUUUUUUAAGUGAGAUGGAAACUAAUCAAGGCUUCAGUGUCCACUUGUACACAUUCUCAUGUCAUAAUAUUGAAUACGUUUUAAUAACUUAUGAGUACUUCAGAAAAAUUAUUUAUUGUGACAUUUGGCCGUCCAUUAUUUUGACUUUGAUUGUCAGGAUUUUUUAAUGGUUGAUAUUUUUUGUGUUGUAAUGUAUUUCAUGGUUUUGAAAUGUAACUGUACAGUCUCAAGGGAAGAAUGUAACAAGUCAGAGUUUUGCAUUGUAUAUACCUGUAAUUAUUUAUGUUUAUCCUAUCAUUUGUAUCAUAUCAAUUCCUUGUACAGUGUUUUUUUUUCUUUUUGGUUUAAAAUUAUUUUGUAUUUUAUUUUUAUAAAUUGGUUAUGAAUAAAAUACUCAUUCCGCAUGCAGAUGA